CAAUGGGGGGUUUUGCUUUUAAGAGCUGGUUAUACAAAACCCAAUAAAAUUGAAAGUUUAGUUGGACUGUUCCACUUGAUUAUUAAUGGAUUUCUUUUUUGGGUUUUUUUGGAUGGCACCUUCUAAUGGAGGGUCUGCCCUCUGCUUACGUUGCUACAGUGCGAUUUGGGUUUUUUUUUUUUUUUUUUUUGUGGGGUGCCAGCCAGCCAGGGCUAGUGUGGGCCCGUGCUGUGAUUGGCUUCUUUUUUUAAUUUUUAAGUGCUUGGCACCUUCGGCAAAUGAAAAUGCCAAACUUGGUGUCGCCUGUAUUCUAGCGUUGUUGUCUAAGUUGUAAUUGACGCACGAUGGUUGAACUGUACGUGGCUAAAGCAGUAACUGCCAUUCGCUACCCUCACAGGCAAACUGGGUGAAGCUACUCCACUGGGCACAGGAUGUGAAUGUACUGCACUGAGUGCCACUGCAACUACCAUACUUUUUACAAGGCACACGCAACUGUAAAAUGGACUAAAUAAACGUCGAAUCAGAGUCGAAAUGUUUGGAUUGUUAGUACGUAGUAAGUGUGCCGUGCGCUCACAAGAACUGAACUCCGAACAGGUAAUUUACAAGGAUGAAAACGCCAGCCGUCAACAACAAAAAAUUGUGGCUGCGACUCCACGCUUGUAGACGAGACGCUGAGUUGACCUCCUCGGAGAUCGUACGUGAACGGCCGUGACCCGAGAAAGAGAAUCUCACCAGAAAAAUGAAUAGGUUCAAGUGUUGAGGUGUGUUUGUGUGCAAUGGAGGUGGGCAGAGGAGGACAUCAGAAUAGUACCCUUGAUGAAGAAGAGCCCACAGAGCAGGGUACAGAUGAUGAGGACUUGGCCAUUUUGGAGCAAGAGGAGGAUCUGGACUGGAAAACCACUGCCGUGAGACAGAGUGGGCACUGGCAGCAGGCUGGCAAUUUUGCUCAGAGGCCGACUAAUUUGAUGCAGAGCCAUGUUCGCUUCCAGCAGACAUCCAUCUGGGGAAAUCAAAAGGGGAAGCUGGCUUCCAUUCGUCUUCUGAACUGGAGUAGGAAACGGGCCAAGAGCCAGGGAGAGUGCAGGCAAACACAAGCAAGCAAGUGGAGAGAACACAGUAGGCCGGAGGAAGAUAAAGAAACGUAUCAUGCCAAGCAGCAUGGUGGCACCACCAUACAAGAAGAAGUGCUGCAGGGAGGUGGUCAUCCACCCUUCCAUAGACUUCUAUGCCCACCUUCACUUAAGAACUCCUCAGGUCCCAGCAGAACAGAUCUUUCUUACCAACGUGCUUUGCCCACAACUGUUGCUUCUAUUUGCCGUAACCGCAGCAGUCGGAGAAGAAAGCCAAUUUCUCCCACACAGUACCUCCAACCAAAUUCUGGCUCUCAGACUGAGGUUUGCCAUACCUCAUCUCCUUUGAGAUCAAACGACCACCUCAAAGUUGAGGAUACAAAUGGCGGUAGAGUGGGCACCAUACAGCAGGUUCCCACUGGUAAUGUUAAUGGUCUGCAUUUGUCUGCCAGUCCAGACAGGCAAGAGCUAAUCUCGGAUCAUGACUGCCACAUUGACAAUAUGCCACAGAAAUAUUUAGAAGGUGCCAGUCUUCGAAGAGCAGAGCAAGCAAAGGAGUAUACGCAAGCCGCCUGCCCUGGCCAACAAAAGAGGGCACAAGUGCAGCCACACAAGAGAGACCGGACUCUGAGUGAUGCCUCGGAAUGCAAGGAGGCUGACCUGGUAAAGUUCAUCCAGCUGAUUGACGAGAAUGGGGGCUACUCCACAGCUAAGCUUGUCCCCUGUGUUGAUGUGGAGAUCGAGGAUGAUGAUGGUGUGGAGGAUGCAUGCAACAGGGUCAGCAAGCAGUACACGGACAGCUCCUCCUCCAGCAUCCAAGAGGUGAUUGUUGAUGACAAGCCAUUCCAGUGCAGCGUGUGUGAGAAGAGCUUCAAGCGAGCGUGGGAACUGUUCAGCCAUGAGGUGGUCCACAACUCAGACCGGCCCUUUCACUGCGACAUCUGCCAGGCCACUUUCAAGCGGCACUCGGACUACAAGAGCCAUCGAAUGGUACACACUGAGCACCGGCCAUUCUCCUGUGAGAUGUGUGGCAAAAAGUUCAAACGCUCCUCAAAUCUGCAGGAGCACCGGCGGAUCCACUCGGGGAUUCGUCCAUUUCUCUGUUCGUGCUGCGAGAAGAGCUUCAAAACUCCUUAUGAGCUUCAACGGCACAUGCUCAUACACAUGACGGAGAAGCCCUUCAAGUGCAGUGAUUGUGGUAAGGACUUCCCCACCACCAACACCCUCCUGGCACAUCAACGACAGCACUGUGACGAUAAGCCUCACGUUUGUGGCAUGUGUGGUAAGAAGUUCACCUACGGCCACAGCCUGAAGGUCCACGAGAGGGUGCACACUAACCACAGGCCCUUUGUCUGUCCUAUCUGUAACAAGGGCUUUAAACAGUCCAAUGCCCUGGCCAGCCAUGAGCGGGUGCACACAGGAGCGCGACCCUAUGUCUGUCAGACCUGUGGCAAGGCUUUUAAACAGAGUUCUUACCUGGUGAUCCACCAGCGUGCCCACACUGGGGAGAAGCCGUACCAGUGCGACGUGUGCCAGAAAGCUUUUACUCGCCCAUCACUGCUGUUGCAGCACCACAGAGUUCACAGCCAGGAAAGACCCUUCAAGUGUGGCUUCUGUGACAAGUACUUUAAGGACUACUCCUACUUGACUGUCCAUGAGAAGGUGCACACUGGCCAGACGCCCUACAAGUGCCAAGUCUGUGACAAAGGUUUUGCACACCCUUCCAAUUUGUUGCAGCACCAGCGGGUGCACCGGGCAUGGCAGGAAGGGUGUGGCCAUCCACCACCUACCUGUUUGUGAGGAGGGUGGGGGGAGAGGAGGUCACUGAUGGUCAUGUAACAUUAUCUGCAUCAUUCAGCCACUCCCAAGAUAGGCUUCCUUUUCACCUAGUCUUAUUCCCUCCCUCCCUCCAUCCAUCUGUCCAUUAAUUCUAGUUGGAGCCAUAGAGGUGUAGUACCUGAGGAGUUGAGAGGUUAGCCCCUCACAGGCGCACAGACACACACUGACUGAUGGGCUGCAUGCAUCUGAUACAUGAGUGUAACUGACAGGUGGGUAGAGAGACUAAAGUGGGAAAUGAUAGUUCAGCUCUGCAGUACCCUAUUGCCGGUCGUUGCACUCCAAUCCAGUAGGCUGGCAUUGUUUUUAUUCCAUUUUUAACCAGUAAAACUGUGCUCAGGUCUUUCAUUAUCCAUGGCAGUAAUGGCACAUCCCCUGUCAUCAUAUGUCACUCAUGCUCAGACUAAAGUGUGUCACCACUAAAGCUGAUGUUCCGUUACACGACUUGUAGUUGAUGCCUACUGACACUGAUCUUGCCACCUGUCUGGGUCAAUUUACAUGACUAGAAAUCGCAGGACAUGACAAAAUAUGCAACCCCCUGAUCACUUCCCAGCACAGUUUCACAUUUCCAAAUGUGAAGUUUUGUCCCUGAAGGAGCCGGUGGCUUUGUGAAGGCUUUACAGGAAUGACGAGUUCAGCCGCAGUCUUAGUCAACUUAUUUUUCUUUGUUCCAUUCUGUCAUGGCAUUUGAAAUAUGAGAUAUCAAACGGACAAACUUUUCUUCAGGUUGUGAGGUCCAAAACAUGCGUGUUCCUUAUUCCUUGUCAGCGGCAGUCUGCAGCAUGUGCCCAUGAAUUCAGUCACCUAAUGUGACAUACCCAGCGACUCAGUCUAACUAGUCCACAACUUCACUGGGGUGGGCUCUGUUUGCAUGAGAGGUGACACUCGGUCAAGGCUCAUCUCAAAAUACAAUGCAGAGAUGAGGAAAAAGGAACAGAGAUUGCACCUGAACUCGCUGUACCUGUUAACCCUUCGUAUAGUGCCAGCUCCAUCAGGUAGCCUGCCACUGGCUUUCAGAAAAAGGGGCAAGCACGGCUAUAGUGGAAGGUCGUCACUCAGUUGGUAAAUGUGACAUGAGCAACAAUUUUUCAAUUGUGUAAAAGAACGAGAUCAACAACUGCAGUUAGAAAUUCUGACAUAAACAACAAUUAAGAGUCGUGUUAUGUGACAUUGGCUUAAGGAAACAGCCCAUGUGAUACAGGAAAGUGCCAGGCCCACCUUUCAGCGCAUGCUUCACCUGCUGUUAUCAUUGUAAAAUCUGCCCUUUGAGUUUCUCACCCCCAAACGAUUUUGCACCCCAUCUCCUGUCAUUUUGUACUGCAGUUAUAGGUGGUCUUCCUUUACUUUAGUGUAGUUCUGCUCCAUUAAUUCUGUUAAACAUUAAUGAAACCCACAGUUACAAACCUCUCACUCCAGUUAGCUCACUCACCGCCAGGAUCAGUCCAGUAAACUGCACCAUUGCGGCUUCAUCCCAGUCUUCCCAGUCAUGUGUCACUUAAUCCAAAUGGGGUGAUGACUCCUAUGUGCCCACCCCCUUGUGGGCACCAUGACUGAAGUGCAUUUUCAGAAUGUUUCAUUUUUCCUGCUCCAAUCAUUACUCGGUUCCACCAGUGUCAAGUAGGAGUACAGUGAGCAUAUUAACCAGGGGCCCUGGAUGAAGCUGCUGGACUUUGGACCCUAACACGUGCCACCUUUCUGGUCACUUUUUUCUCUGUCAGCUCCAGCUUUGUUCUUCUGACCCAAGUCUGGUGUCAUUAAAGGUUUCUUUUGCAGUCUCCCCCAACAUAUGAAAAGCUUCUUUCUAAUGGGGGUAUUGGCACAUUCCUGGGAUGGACUAUGGUGGUGUGUCUCUUUAUCGCCCCCAUAUUGUUAGUCUGACCACCAGUUUUAGCUGGAGAGAGGAAGAUGCUGGGCUGAUGGAGGGGUGGUGGGUCUCUUAGGAGCUACUUUUGCAGUGGACUUUAAACCAAAAGUUUUCACAGGAGUUGGAGGGAUGCAGCUAGGCAAGCCGCCAUCUGGAUGUGGUCAAGAUGGUGUGCGGCAGCUUAACCUCUCUAUGAAUGUUUAACCCAAAUCACUCCCCCAUGCCACCGAUGAGGGUGAUAACAGCAACUGAAUCUUGACCUCUCUGUUCUGGGCUGUCACUUGUAAUCUGCUCUCUAUAAAUACAGCAAGAAUUCCAACAGCU